GGAUACGGCUACGGCAAAAGCUGCGAAAAACCGAAAACGCGCUGAGUAGAAGAAGGGAGUGGUAUGUCAGUCAGUAACUGACGCACACAGCACAGCGGCACAGCAAAAAACGAGUCCAUCUAUAUAUUUUGAAAACAAUAUUAUUAACUACACAAAUUGUAAUAUAAAUUUGCUAAAAAUUCCCAAAAAAAAAGUGCAAGCUGAAAAAUAAUAUUAUAAAGUGCAACAGCAAAUGCGCGAGAGAGGAAACAACAACAACAAAAGAACUUUGAUAAAUGCACGGGAACGGCAAACGCAACAACGAAAGCAAUACCUUUAACAGUUUCAAAGUGAUUUUGGCAAACGGCGAAAGAAAAGUGAUAUAAAUCAACAAACGAGAAACGAAACUGCAGAUGUUAUAGGGUGGCUAGUUGAGGUGCCAGUUGGCAGUGUGCUGAGGGCCAGUGCGGCAGCCUGAGCCACAGCCAAAGAUAGCAACAGAACAGAAACCGAACCGAACCGAAAAAAAGAAGGAAUCGAAGGUGGAGUCGAAGACGAAGUCGAAGUCGGUAAUUGCGAGCCAGAAUCAAGAUCAAGGAUGCCCGCUAGCCGCAACCGGCACAGGAACGGGCACAAUACAGCAGCAGCAGUAGAGUUAGAGCAAGCAAUAGAGUUGAAGAGAGAGAUAGAAGUAGUAGAAGACGUAGAAGUAGUUGUUGUUGUGGAGGAGGAAGGAUCUGCGGAAGUAGCGCUACUCACAAGGCAGCUCAUGUCAAUGUCGAAGUCAAAGUCGGAGUCAAAGUGAAAGCAUUUUACUGCAGACGACACUGGAGUCGAUGUGAAAGAAGGUUGUGCUAUAUCUAAAUAGUAAAUAAAGUAAAGUAAAGUAAAGUAAAGUAAAUAAAUAAUAAAUAACAAAACAUAAACAUAAGCAACAAAAGCAUAAAUACAAAUACAAAAUACAAAUACAAAUUCAACAAAGCAAAAAAGCAAACAAAGAGCAACAAAAGCCCAAAGGGUACAUGAUAUAAUAUAUACAAACACACACACACACCCACACACACAUUGCAUAUAUAUAUAGUAGAUAUAUGUAUGAUGUAAGGCAUCUGGCAUCUACAGUCAUAAGUAGUUUAUAAAAUUUUAUCGAACGGUCCAAAACUGGCAAGUGGCAAAAGUGUGAGCGCGUAGCAAAAGCAAAAGCGGAGACACAAUGUCUGUGGACUUUAUACUGCCCAAUCGCAACAAGAUACAAACGAUUGCCUAUGCGAGCAAGAAGUAUGCGACGACGGCUGCCACAGAACUCCAGAGCUGGCGACGUCCCAAGCCAAAGCCGAAGGCGGCGGCGAAGCCUCGAGGUGGACACCAACAGCAGCAACACCAGCAGCAUCAUCAACAUCUUCAGCAGCCACAGCAGCAACAUCAUCAACAGCAACAGCAGACAACACUGCGCAAACUGAGAGCAGCGCCCAACUGCAACAAUUCGAACAAUUUCAAUCCCCAUUCAAAUGCGAAUCCUCAUGAGGAUGGCAAGUCCUCGGUGCUGCGGAAUGCCAAUAACAAUAACAGUAACAGUAACAAUGGCCAUGCCAAGAUGACGACGCUCAAGUCUAGCCCCAAGCCGAAGGAGACCAAGCGAAACGGAAGAGCUGCGCUCAAGCGUGAGAUAAUCGAGCUGGACGACGACGACAACGACAACAACGAUGUCGAAGAUGAUGAGGACAAUGUCCAUAACGAUGAUGCUGUCGAAGAUGCUGAUGAUGACGACGAAGAUGAUGAUGAUGUGGGUACGCCACCUGACGAACAAUUGGAAUGGUCGGCAGCACAAUCGCUGGUGCAAAUGAACUCCAAGCAGGAGAAACAGCGACGUCUGGGAGCAGUCAUAACAGCAACAGGAGCAGCAGCAGCAGCAGCUGGAGCAACAGCAGCAACAGGAGCAGCAGCAACAGCAGGAGUUGGAGGAACAACCACAGCAGUAUCAGCAGCCGCAGUAUCUAUGCGCCGUCCAGUGGCCUUUGGUCGCGCCCCAGCCGAGGAUGGCAAGGUGAUCUUCUAUGCGCCGCCAGCGAAUGCAAAUGGCGCUGCCCGUCAGCCGCAGCCCAUCACAAUCAAACGCGAGAGGGAGCAACAGGUGGUUGCAGCUGCUUCGCCUUCGUCGGCCAUCUACAGGGGACGCAGCGUGGAGGAAACGGAGGCAGCACAUGAUCUGCUGUCGCUGUCACAAAGCUUGCCACCGCUGAUUCCACCCUGUGUGGUGACCAUUAUGAAGCAGGAGGUGGCACACAAGUCGCAGCCGGAGCACUUGCCCAUCAUGCAGGAGAUCUCGAAUACUUCCAAGUCCGUGGUGCAGUCGCCACAAUCGCCGUUGCAAUAUCACGGCAGCAGUGGGGUUAGCUCGAAUAUCAGAUUCAUUGGCAGCAGCUCAUACGACAUGUUGCACAAUGCGCCGGAGGCAUCGAACAAUUGCUCGCCCUUGACGCCGCCCAACUCCGAUCACAGCUCCGAUGUGGACAUCGAUAUGUCCUCAUCCUCUGAAUCCGGCCAACUGCAUUGGAACAACAAACAACCGUCGUCGUCGUCGUCGGGGCAACAACAACAACGUACCUCCGCCCUGAAGAUGUGUCUCAACAUGCUCGAUGGCCGCACCAAGGCCAGCAAGGCAGCCAGCAAGGACAAAGAGCACCAGCAGCGACCCAAAAGCAUCAGCAGCCAAAGCAGCUCCAUUGCCGUGGCCAGCGAUUCGUCCAACAGCGCAGCAAGUGGCGCCUCGGCUGCAGGCAAUGUUGCCACCGCAGGUGGGGGCAGCAAUGUGGCCACCGCGGGCAGCGGCGAGAACUAUGCGAAACGCAAGCGCGGCUGCUACAAGUGCACCGAGUGCGGCAAGCAGUAUGCCACAUCGAGCAACCUGUCGCGCCACAAGCAGACGCAUCGUUCGCUCGACUCGCAGUCGGCCAAGAAGUGCACCACAUGUGGCAAGGCCUACGUCUCGAUGCCCGCGCUGGCGAUGCAUCUAUUAACGCACAAACUAUCGCACAGCUGCGACAUCUGUGGCAAGCUCUUCUCGCGUCCCUGGCUGCUCCAAGGUCACCUCCGUUCGCACACCGGCGAGAAGCCCUACGCUUGUGUCCACUGUGGCAAAGCAUUUGCGGAUCGCUCGAAUCUUCGGGCGCACAUGCAAACGCAUUCGGGAGACAAGAACUUCAAGUGCCAUCGCUGCAAUAAGACGUUUGCGCUCAAAUCGUAUCUGAACAAGCAUCUGGAGUCAGCUUGUUUGCGGGAUGCGGGUGCCAUAUCGUUGGGCAAGAGUGUGGAUGGGGAUCACGAUGAGCCCGAUGAUGAUGAUGAGCUGAUGAAGCAUGAUAACGAACAGGAUGAGCUGGAGGCGGAUGAAAUGGACAGCGAUGAGAACAGUCAGGAUAUUGUGGUAGCUUAAAACAUCCACAUAUAUUAUAUUAAAAACUAAACCAAAAAAAGAGAAUCUAAUAUCCUACAACUAACCUUACCUAAUCUUAAACGAAAACAACUUUAUACCAAAUUCCUAGAAGCAAUACUCGAGCACCCUUAUAUCGAAUCGAAUUAAGCAAAUGUUUACGAAGAAACCAAUUCUCAAAUCAAUGCAAUGCGAAUCAGUCGAACUAGCCGCUUAUAUAGUAUGAGUAUGGGUAUGAAAAGUAGUGUUUGAGCAUGAGAUGGAACCCUUAGGAUGGAGAUGCAAUAUAAAAUAAUAAAUGAUGAUGCCAUGGAUCUCAAGUCAAUAGCAUAAUUUCCAUAUACACUAUAUAGUAUAUGCAUAUACUUACUUAACUUACUUAUUAUCAGUAUCGUGAUCAUUCUAUUUAUUAUACAUAUAAUACUAUGUAUAUCUUUAUGAUUAUACUGAAUCUAUUUCCGGUUUUGGGUACAAUAGCCGAAUGAGCAAUACAACAUUCUCCAAAAGAAAACAAAAAUGAAAAAGUAAAAAACAACGUUGAGCAUUUUUAUUGAAUGAACAGGAACAAAGAGCAAAACAAAAGGUUUAAAAGGAAAUCCAAAAUGUAACUUAUAGUAAAAAUCUGACACAACGAAUAUUAUGGAACAUAAGUAGAAAUUCUAUAUAUAUAUACAAAUCACAGAUCAAAUAAGAAGCAUAUAUACAAGUCAACAAGAAGCAGCAGCUAUAGCAGAAGAGUAAAUGCAAAACAAAAGCAAAUUAUAUAUACAUAUAUAUAUAUAUAUAUAUAGCAUAUACUUAUCUAUAUGAGAAAAACAUAUUGAGUACAUAGCGAGCAGAACCAAUUUGCAUGUUUUUUUGGGUAACAAAUACUUACUUUAAGGCAUCGUUUUUAGGGCUCUAGAGAUUUAUAUAGGUACAGGGUGACUAUAUAACAUAUACUACUUAACUAGCUAAAAAAAAGAAAACUAAAAACUAGACCGAGUAUUGUGCAAAGGAGAAUCCUUUCAAUCCAGCCAGACAGCCAGUCGAAAGUUUUUGGAGAUUCGUCAUCGUUGAAAGCGUUUUUGCCAAUACUCGUGCUUAUAUAGGCAAAAUAUAAUACAAAUAAUAAUAAUGAAUGAAAAAAAGCUCAUUUCGAAUCUUAGCAACUAAUCAACUAGUGGACUUUUUAGCACUUCCUGUAACUCUCUCUCGCUCUUAGUCUUUUGAAUAUUUACUUAAUGCAAAAACCAAAUACAUUUACAAACAAGGCAUCAACAAGUUCGGUAGGCCAACAGCAAACAGAUUAGCAAUUGAAAUUGAUAUUGAAAUUGAAUAAUACUCACCACAAUUUUAAAAACAAACAAAAACAGCAAAUGCAACUUUACAUUCUUAACCCCUAUUUAAGAUGAAUAACUUCCAUAAUAUGCUCUAACUCGGAUAAACAAAAAACUACUUCAAUUACUUAGAAAUGAUUAAAAUUAAUGAGAAUACAAUUUAGAAACAUAUCACAAGGACAAUACUUAAACAUUAAUACAUUCAAAUUUAAUAUAAAACAAAACGAAACAAAACAAAAAAUGGAAUCAAUUAAGAACAUUGACAAACACACACACAUUCUCAUACAAAAAAAAGAUAGCAAUUUGCAACAUAGUUAUUUUAUUACUAGACUUAGCUUAUGUACAUAUUUAAUCCAGAUUAUAAAAUAAUUUUAUACAAAACCAAAAAACCAAACAAACAAAUCCCAAAAUUAUAGCUUAAACUUUGGCAAACGUCGAGGUUCAAUAUUCCGUGCAAAUGUCAGAUAAACUAUA